AUGUGUCAGUCAAUCCUUAGAGGAACCUACACAGAUUCUUCAUCUACUUUGCUUCUCGUUGAUCAAUCAACCACUGCAACCAUGAGUGAGGAAGGUGAGAAGACUUGUCCACUUUGUGCUGAAGAGAUGGAUCUAACAGAUCAGCAGCUGAGACCUUGCAAAUGUGGUUAUGAGAUUUGUGUUUGGUGCUGGCAUCACAUAAUGGAUAUGGCUGAAAAGGAUAACACAGAAGGGAGGUGUCCAGCAUGUCGUACCCCUUAUAACAAGGAAAAGAUUGUGGGAACUGCAUCAAAGUGUGAAAGAUUGGUUACUGGAAUGAUUGUGGAGAAGAAACAAAAGUCACAAAAGGGGAAAACUAAAACAUCUGAAGGAAGAAAGCAGCUUGGUAGUGUCAGGGUUAUUCAACGUAACCUUGUUUACAUUGUAGGACUACCUCUUAAUUUAGCAGAUGAAGAUCUUCUGCAGCAGAAAGAAUAUUUUGGUCAGUAUGGAAAGGUAUUAAAAGUGUCUAUAUCUCGUACAGCAGCUGGUGCUAUUCAACAAUUUGCUAACAGUACUUGUAGUGUAUAUAUUACUUACUCCAAGAAGGAAGAAGCAAUUCGGAGCAUACAAUCAGCACAUGGAUUUAUCUUGGAGGGUAGAACUUUGAGGGCAUGUUUUGGGACCACAAAGUACUGCCAUGCAUGGCUAAGGAACAUGCCUUGCACCAAUGCUGAUUGUCUAUACUUGCAUGAGUUUGGACCAGAAGAAGAUAGCUUCACUAAAGAUGAAAUAAUAAUAGCAUAUACAAGGAAUAGAGUUCAGCAAAUUACCGGUGUUACAAAUGACAUGCAAAGGCGUUCUGGAAAUCUAUUACCACCACCUCCAGCUGAUGACUACUCUAAUAACAACACUACUUCUGCAUGGGAAAAACCUAUAAAUAAAACCACCACAACAACCAAUCAGAAUCCUGUAAAUGGUAUGAAAGUUCCCUUGCCAAAUAGUAGUUCAGGGAAAUCAACAGCUCUUCCUGCAGCAGCUUCAUGGGGAACACGUGCUUCAAAUAGGCAGCCAAGUUUCAAAGAGUUAGUAGAAGAAAAGGGUAGUCUGGGGAAUAAUCCAGUAUCUAGAAAAGAGGACGUGGAUAAAAACAUAUCCGAUAAAUUCUCAAAUCCUUCAGAUAUGUCAUUGAGUAGCAUCAAUAACAAUCAAAGAUUACAAGCUUGUGAAUCAGAACCUUUGGCCUCAAAUGAAGCAGAAAACACAACUGUUUUAGUAUCAGAUGUACAAAAGAAAGUAGCAAUUAGUGUAGCAGAAGUAGAUCAUAUGAUGUCUUUCAAUGAUGAGAGACUCAGAGAUACAGAAGUUAUACAGAAUCUUCCUCCUAUUUCUUCUCCCCCAGCUAAUCCCAUGGGUUGUUAUCCGCUACAUGCACGUGUAUCGGGUAACGGUGGUGUAGAUCCUCCAUCUUCCCAUCUUGCAAAUAAUAAUAAUAUACCAAUUACAGUUAAUGACUACUCAUCCACUGUAAUUGGUAAUUCUUCCAGUUCCAGAGAAUUAUUAUCCAACGGGCAUUCAUAUUUCCAUGAUAGUACAGAAGGGGGUAAAAGUGAAAUUGGCGCCUUCAAUUUAGGAGAAAGCAGUAUUAUAUCUAGUAUUUUAUCCAUGGAUUUUGACCCAUGGGAUGAGUCAUUAACUUCACCUCAGAACUUGGCUAAGUUUUUAGAUAAACAACCUGAAUCUAAUACUCAUAGUCAUAGAGUUUUGAGUUCAAGAAACAGCAACCAGUCAAGAUUCUCAUUUGCAAGACAGGAUGAAGGAUCCAAUAAUGGAGAUUUUGGUUUUGAAUAUAAGAAUUCCAACUCUUCUGAUUUUGUCAGCAAUAAUAGUAUUCAUAUUGACAAGAAGCAUAGUAAUUAUAAUAAUGGCAGCAACGGUUUCUCUUCUUUUAGCUUUGAGGAAUCUGAAAAUUUUGCCACCAAUAACUUUCCCAUGUCUGAAAAUAAGAUUUCAGUUUCAAGAACACAGGUGUCUGUGUCUCCCCCUCCUCCUCCUCCUCCUGGAUUUUCAGGAGUGAGCAUCAGCAGAGCACCACCUCCAGGGUUCACAUCUCAGGAGAGGAUGGAACAAAAACAAACCUUUGAUACCCCUACCCCUACCCCUACCCUAUCACUGUCAGGGAACCAUAUGUUACUGAGAAAUUCCCCUGUAAAUAUUGGUGGUGAUUUGGAGUUUAUGGAUCCUGCAAUCUUAGCAGUUGGUGGUAGAGUAAAUUCCAAUUCCCCACCUGGGCGUGGCUUUGGCUUUGGCUUUGGCUUAGACAUGAGAUCAAGCUUUCCUUCUUUUAAUGAAAAUGACGUGAGGCUUCAAGUUUUGAUGCAAAGAUCCUCCUUUUCUCAUCAGCAAAACCCUAGAAGAUUGAGUGAAGUAGGACUAGAUUUCCCUCAGCAAAUUAAUUCUUAUGCUGCAAUUCCUUCAAGGAUGGUUGACAACAAUCAUCUUCCAUCUCAUUAUCAGACCAGGAGUAGGUGUAGGUCAUGA